GUCCACUGAAAACGCAACGGGCUUUCUCAAACAAAUGUGUUGCCAAGCUUUGGUCAUUUUACGCUUUUACUUAACGGUCCGUUGAGGAAGAUGACACUGACGGCCUCGUCUUCCUCGCACAAGACGAGCAUCCUCAGCAAAUUGGCACGCCUCAGGAAGCGCGACGUGCUGUGUGACAUCACCCUGCUAGCGGAGGGCGAGCGCUUCCGGGCGCACAAGGCCCUGCUGGCGGCGAGCAGCGACUACUUCUCGCAGCUCUUCACCACCGAUGACGUUGACGGCGAGGGCAGAGCCACCUACCGGCUGGACGGCGUGGCGGCGGCCACGUGCGGGAAGGUGCUGGAGUUCAUCUACAGCGCCCGAGUGUGUGUCGAGGAGGGCGCCGGCGAGCAGCUCCUAGCCGCCGCUCGGCUGCUGCAGGUGGGCGACCUCGUGGGGGCGCUGCAGAACACGCGGCGACGCAAGAGAGGGCGGGCCAAGAAGAGCCUGCUCGUCAGGAAGCGGAGGAAGAAGAGUCCCUCGUGUGAAGACCAAGCCGAAGAGCGGCGGGGAGUAGCUCAGGACGGAGAAGGAGGAGGGCAGCCCGGUCGCUCGGAAAGACGCAAGAUCACGCCGCCUGUCAAGUAUGAUGCCUAUAAGGUGGGCGGAGACGUGUCAGCUGGAGGAGGGGAAGGAGGAGAGCUGGCAAGGAGGGGCAGGAAGAGGAAGUACUGCGAAACUGAGGCCAGGUGCCCCGACUGCGGCAAGGGGUUCAAAAACCAUCUCUUCCUGAAGAUCCACCAACGCACGCACGCAGGUGAGAAGCCAUUUUCCUGCCAGGUGUGCGGCGCAGCAUUCACGCAGAAGCACACGCUGCUGGUGCACCAGCGCAAGCACACGGGAGAAACGCCGUUUGUGUGCAGCGUGUGCUCCAAAGCCCUCGCCACCAAGCACAGCCUGCUCGAACACAUGAACCUCCACCAAGAAAACAAGUCGUUCUGCUGUGACAAAUGUGGAAAGAGCUUCACUCAGAAGAGGCAGCUGAAAAGUCAUUACAGAGUCCACACAGGCAAAUCGCUUCCAGAGUGUGCUCAGUGUCAGCGCAAGUUUUUGGAUACGGCCCAGUUGAAAAAGCACCUACGCACUCACACAGGUGAGAAGCCGUUCACGUGCGAGAUCUGCGGGAAGUGUUUUUCCGUCAAGAGCACCUUGCAGACGCACAUCCGCAUACACAGAGGCGAGAAGCCGUACACCUGCAACGUGUGCGACAAGUCCUUUUCGGACGGCAGCGCCCACCGCCGCCACGUGGCCUCCCACUCGGGCAGGAAGCCCUUCAACUGCUCGGCGUGCGGCCUCUCCUUCACGCGCCUCGACAACCUGAAGACUCACAUCAACACCCACAACAAGGAGAAGGUGUCACAACCGCAGCCGGAGGACCAACGCGGCGGCGGCCUGCAGGUCCAGAAAUAUGAGCUGGCAGCGGGCUCGGAGCAGGAGAUCCAGCUUCUGGUGACUGAGGACAACAUCAGCUUAGUUGAGGGUCAGGCGGAGGAGAUCGGCAUGGUCAUGCCUCAGAUCCAGACGUUCGGCACGCCGGAGGCUCAGGCCGCGCCGCGGGCCGAGCCCAUGCACGUCAUCACCCUGAGCGAGGAGGCCGCGGAGCACCUGCACGUGGCGCACAGGCCCGGCCAGCGGGCGGCGCAACCGCCCGGCCAGGACGUCCACGCGAACCAGCCCGUCUCCAUCAAUCAGACGGACGAGCAUAUCUCCAGCCGUCACAUCCACGGACACACCUUCCAGAUCCAGGCCGGGGCCGUCUCCUGCCUGUACACCACCGCCGGACCGCCACCCUUACAGAGCUGAGCUGAAUUUAGCUUAGCGCAGCAGCUCACACAGAACCGGUAAACAACACACGUGCCACACUUGUUCAAAAAAAAAAAAAAUCUGACUUUUUUAAUGGAUGACUUGCUUAUUAGCCAGCUAAAAGUGGUAGAAACGAAAAUAGGUUGGCAGAGGUUUAAAUAAAGUUCAUUCAAAGAGUGACACCAUGCUGUUGUAUUUUUGUUCUGUUUUUUAAUAACAUUUAAUUUCAGCUUCCUGGUUUGCAGCAGGACUAAUCAGCGGCGAUUCUAUGACCAGAGGUUUUGGGGUGCUGGGAUUCAUUUUUGGGGUGCUUCAGCAUUGAUUUGUGGGAAAACGAAUAUGACACUUAAGGCCCAACGCCAUGUGAUAUGUAAAACAACAUGGAAAAGAAAACACUGCGGUGUGGUAAAUUCUUCAGCCUUCAACCCACUGAAACGGCGGGAUGGCGAACUUUUGCCGAUAGCUCGGAAGAAAACAAACUCACAGGUAAGCUAACGUUAACUGUCAGCUACCACAGCUAAUCUGAUUUUGUCUUUCUGAGAUGAUUAUUUCUGGAAAGAGGUUUGAAAUCCUACUUAAAUUGUUUUUAUUUAACACAUUAACACAUAAUUAUGCCAAAUCAACUAAAUUAGCUAUUUUCUUUUCACUCUGCAGCACUUGUAAACGAGCGUUACGCUCUCCAAGUCACAUGAAAACGUACGGCUUCUUUCAAAUGCUGCCGUCCAUUUCACACGACAAAAAAAUAUUAAACGCAUUAACCUGACACCAAAGACAACUGAGUAACUAACACCAGACAUUUUUCAAUCGAUGAUAAUGUUAGCAUAUUCACUGCUUACUCUUAUUGUUAUAUAACUGUCAAAUGUAGUGAAAAGAAAAUUAAAGAGAGAUUGCUCUUU